AUGCCUCCUCCUAAGCGACCGUCAUGGUUCCUUCAAGCCCAGAAAACGAGUUUACAGGCCGCCAUGAGUUUCGGCAUGUACUUGGGCAGUUGGGCAGGACCGUGGCCCCCGGAACCAUCAUUUUAUGUCGAAAUCCCAGCUACAAUAUCCCCAACUAAGGGGGCCUUCAACUUGAUAUUUUAUGUCCCCAAGUCCUACUCUCGACGGACUCAGGGCAGUCGAUUCCCCGUUCUAGUCAACUUUCAUGGUGGCGGAAUGUCUAUAGGUAGUGGCACAGACGAUACGAGGUGGGCAAAGGAUGUCAUGCAGGAGCUGGGCGCUGUUGUUGUUAGUGUUGAGUACCGGCUCGCCCCGGAACAUACCUUCCCGACUGCUGUCCAGGAUUCGGUGGAUGCGAUUCUCUACCUUGUCGACAAUGCCGAAGAGUUAUACUUGGAUAGGGACAGAAUUGUACUGAGCGGCUUCUCAUCUGGAGGCAAUCUGGCUUUCACAGCCCCAAUUUUGCUGGAACAGCUUCGCAGACACCAAAUGCUGGCAAGCGAGCCUGGUUUUGAGGACCAAGCUACGGAUGAAUUCGACGUCCCAGUGUCUAAACUACCCGAAGGAUACCCAUUGCCCGAUUUCACAAUUAAAGCAAUUAUUGCAUGGUAUCCAUCUGUGGAUUUCACCCAGACUCGACAUGAGAGGCGAAACACUAAUCCGCACCCUGAAGUAUCGAUGCCAGGUGCGAUGUCCAACAUGUUCGACACCGCUUACAUUUUCAACUCUCACUUAAACGCUUACGAAUCUGCACAUCCACUUCUGUCGCCAGGCACAGCACCAACUGAAUUGCUAGAUGCAGCCCUGCCUUCUCGUGUUGUGAUAUACACAUGCCAGUUCGAUGCGCUUCAGAAAGAAGGAGAGCUCUUUGCAACCAGAAUACGAGAAGAACUGGGGAGAGAAGUCAAAUUUCAAAUGGUUGAAGGUGUUGCCCAUGCCUGGGAUAAAAUGCCAAAUCCUAUAUGGCCACCAAGCAGAAUCGAAGAGGUCUACAAGGAUGCCUGCGACAGCAUCAAGGACUACCUCUAG